CCCUCCGAAUGCACUGAUAUCUGGCUAUGAGGACAACUGGUAUGCCGAAAUGCAAGAAGCCACGCUGCAGUGCAGCGGUCAAGGAAAUCCAGAACCUCAGAGAUUCAGCUGGAUGAGGAAAGAUGAAGCUCUACCCGAAGGUGUGACUAUGGAAGGAGGCACUCUGCGCUUUUCCAGACCCCUGAGCUUGACCGAUCAAGGAGUUUAUGUCUGUACCGCCACCAAUGAGGUGGGAUCUGGAAAAGCUGAGAUUCUAAUAAAUAUAUCAGAGUCGCCUCCGAAAAACGCAUCUGUGAACUAUGUGAUGAUGAUUAUUAUCGCUGGUGUCGCUGCAGUGAUUGUUCUCACUCUUAUCAUAGUGAUCAUUUCAGUGAAGCGCUACUAUAAGCGCAAAAAUCAACAACUGGCUAUAGAGCUGGUUGCAAAAAAGGAGGAAAUCAGCACUCUGUCAAGACAAGCCUCAAUUAGGAGAGUCAACUCAGGAAGCAACAGAUACUCAGAUGAUAAUAAUCCUUUGAGAGCUGAAGGGACGAUACGCACAAGUCUCUCUUCACUGGAUCGUCCUCGCUCCAGGGACAGUCGGUCCACGCUGGGAGGGGUGGACUCACUCGGUCGUCCUGCAAUUUAUAACACGUCCAGAAGAGGUCGAGACAAAAUCAUGGACAGAACUGAAAAAGAAACUCGGCUGAUGAUGGAGUCUUAUGAGCAGGACAGUAACUUGUCACAGGAAACCCAACUUCUUCCUCCUCUCCACCCCUCUUCUUAUUCAAUGGAGCAGGCUGUUGAAAUUGUGCGGUCUCGGAACGGCAGCGCCAUUCUCCCAGCGGAGGGGAGGCCGCAGUCAGGAGGAAGUACCAGAGGGGGCAGCAGAGGGCAUAAUUCGCCCUUAGUAUCCAUGUACCCGACUCUUACAGAUGAGGAAGAGGAAGAUUCUGUUAGUCCUACGGAUUCAGGAGUCCACAGAGGUUUAAUGGAGCCUGAUGGAUUUGAGAACGGUGGCAGCGAUAUAUCUGAGGCGCUAUCCAGUCAUUUUGAGCGCACUAAUGGCACACUGUGGCCCAAGUCGAAACCCAAUAACAUCCUGCUCCCAGCCAAGACAAAACUUUUCCUGCCGCAUAGCCCAACUAUCCACAAAGCUCAGAUCGUUUAGAGCAUUUAUAUGGAAACGUCCAUAUAAACAUGGUUUAUUUUACAACAUAAGGGUGCGUUCCUCUGUAAUUUCACUCGACAAAAUACUUUGUUUGGACAACCAACCCAAAAAUUGAUUUUUUUUUUUUUUAUGAAUUUUUAUAUGAUUACAUUCUCAAGGUGGCAAAACCAUGGACCAAAUGACUAUCAGGACAUAGUCUGAACUCAAAGCUGAAAAAUAGUACCAGAGGUACUAAAACAGUGCCUCAAAUAAUUGUGUAAUCCGGAACUGGGACGCUUGAGUAUUAUGGGUCACAGCAUGUGUUUCAGAUGCAGAUUAACUGGAAUCGGCCAGAGCUGAGCUCCUUUGUGUGACCAACAAUGGAAUUAAGAUCUUUUUUUUUUUUUUUUAUUAUUGUCAUCGCAACCUACGGCUUCACUUGAAUUGCUGUUGAGGGAGACAAUACUACAUGAACUGGUUUUCUGGUCAGUUAAUCCUUCACUGUGACCUUUUGACCUUGAUGUCUGUAAUCCAGAGAUGUACAAAUGUUUUGAUAUAUAUAUAGUUUGAAUAUAUGUGUGUGUUAUGUAUUUUGACAGGAAACUACCCACUGCAUGAAUAGUAUUAUGAAGUAUUGCAUUACCUUGUUUUAAAAUGGCUCCUGCAUGUCAUUGUAGGUGUGACACUGUCAUUGUUUACAACAUUUAUACUUCAUACUUCAUUAUGUACUAGUGCUUUAAAUGCAUUUUGUUUUAAUAAGUGGGCAGUUUUACCGCAAGCUCCUGAGAUAUUCUUUUGAACUUUCUGUCUAACAAAAUAUAAAGCCUUGGUUUCCUGAUGGUAACUUUGGAGUAUUCAGUUCACUGCAGUGCAUGGGGGUUAUUAAAUCAACCCUAAUUAUACUGCUAAUGUUAGAUGAAUUUUAAAAAACACAAUGUUGAAUCAGGACAUUAUUGUUCGGUGCUUUACAGCCUAAAUUUAAAGGUGUGUUACCUGAUGAAAAAAAAGUACCAUAUCAGGAAUAAUUAACACUAAAAUGCUACAGUAAAGCUGGGAAUACUGUGAAAGUAGCAACCACUGUCAAAAAUAAAUAAGAAUGAAUUAAUGGAAAAUUUUAAUAAUUUAUUAUGUUUAACAAUAUUAACCACAAGUUCAAUAUCAAGUAUUUUGGUGUAAGCUAUUACCUUGGUACAUUCUUGUAACCUGUCCCUCACCGUGCUUGGCUUCUGCUGCAGGAAAUGCAUUUAAGAAUCAUUUUAGGAACGUCUGGUUUGACUUUUAUUUUGAAUUUCAACACAAUGGAUCUUAAAGUUCUUUUUGCUCCACUGUCAUUCUGCAUAGAACUGCAUUGCAAUUAAAGAACUCAGAUUUACUAAAA